UGGUGCAUUCUCAGAGGUGGUCAUGGCCAGGGAGAAGGCCACAGGGAAGAUGGUUGCAGUGAAGUGCAUCCCUAAGAAAGCACUGAAGGGGAAGGAGACCAGCAUUGAGAAUGAAAUUGCCGUGCUUAGGAAGUAGGUACCAUGGGCCCUGAGGGGGAUCUAGGGGGGGAACCAUAUGCCCAUGUCUGCACAGGCGCAAACUCCAUGCUGUUGCUAUGCUGACACAAAUCUCUCUCUCCUUUCCUGUCUGCCUUCAACUCUUAUCUAUUUAUUAAAUAUAAAAACUGUAGUUACCAUAACACUGGACUUCACUAUGGGGAUCUUAAUGAAGGAAACCCAACCCUCCUAAGAUGACACCAUGCCUUUAUAAAAGAUCAUCAAUGUAUAUCAUCUCCAAGGUGGAAUCAAAUCUUGGACCUCUCCUCCAUAUCUGGCCUAUCAGCCGCUGAAAAUUAGGGCUGAAGUUGUGAUACCAAUACAGCACAAUUCUACCUUGUUUAUUUAGCAGUCAUUGAUAUUCAAAGCAACUUACAUGUUGAAUCUCAUACUGUACAUGCACUCUGUCAGUCUAUAGAGUCCACAUGACAGGCCCGUCAUGCAAGCUAGAUCUACUCAGGGUUUUCUUAAGCUAGCCAGCUUCAGUUAGCGUCACAUUCUAGCUCGGGCGUCAUCCGUCUUACGACAGUGGAUAUUGCUCGUCCGCCUGCCGCUAACUCUCGCAGGCUUGUAACUGCGUGUGCGUGUCGAACGCCAAACUCUUCAUUGAGACAAUGCUGAAACAUCAAUCCAUGGGCGAUUCAGUGCCACGUUAUCAUUUGUGCCGAUAUCAAAAUGAGAAAAAAGUGAUCUUGCAAAUUCAGCAGGCUAUGGUGUGAAAUAGGAUUUUAGAAGUAUAGAAUAUCUUUAUGUUAUUACUUGUGCGUCUUUAUUUUAUUACUUAUUGUUGAUGCCGCCUUUGGUGUGUUUAUCAAAUCACAAGCACCUUUUUCCCCACUGGGUUAUCCAGAGUUUAACUCAGUUGACCAAAGUUACCUCGUUAACUUCUCAAACCAGGUACAUAGUAUAGGUAUGGAGCCAAAUACCUGCCAAAAGGUUGAACGUAUGUAUCGUUAGGAUAGUAAGAAAAUCCAUACGUAAAUUGUUAGGAUCGUAAGAAAAGCCAUGCGUGAAACAUGAAAUGUAAACGUUAAAAUAGAUCUGUAAACGUACAUAUGUAACUAUGUUACGACCUAUUAAUUAAUAUUUCCACAUUCAAUUCUUACUUUACGUCUCCCUUUACUCAGUUACAGAUGAUAUUUAUGCGUACAAACUUUUGUCAGUAAUGUGACAUCUGUAAAGGACAUGAACCGAACGUAGCUAGUCGAAGUUAGCUAGUCAAUCAAGCAACUCUAGCACAGACGUUAGAGUUGCUUUGCAGCUUCCGGUUUAAUUUCCAAAAUGUUUUUUUAACAUAGGGUUUGUACGUUUACAGAUCUAUUUUAACGUUUACAUUUCAUGUUUCACGCAUUCAAUAAUGACGUUAUACCCGUAGAUGACGCAGUAUAGGCUUGGGCCUUCAGGAAAUGACUUGUGUGAGAAUGAUAAAGACAGAAGAGCCUUGUCUAGAACAACCACCUGAGCUGCAACAUAGAAAGUGUCUGACAACAUGUUGCUAAUCAUGCUGUGGAGGACAAGGAGAUCCGCUGACACUGUACUUUGAUUAUAAAGGUUUAUUCAUAACAAAGGAUUUCAGCGUCGAUUUACAGAUACCUGCAGGCAUCUGGAGAACAGUGGACCCAAAAUAAUAUGUUGUUCUGACCUCCUUUGUCUUCACCAAGUAUUUAUAAUCUUUACCAAGAUAGGGGUGGUUUCCCCUACAGACCAAUCCCAUCACUCCACACAACAGACUUCCUCUGUUUUAGGGUACUCCUAUAGAACUGCUCUCCAGAUGUCUCCCUGGGCCAAAUCAACAUUCUCUAAGCUACCAUUUGCAAACACUAACAACGUCAUAAAUUCCUUAGAUACCACACUAUCAUUUGCAAACGCCCACAAAGUCACAAAUUCCUUAGAUACCUCAUUACCAUUUGCAAAGCUAACAAAGUCAUAAAUUCCUUAGAUACCACAAAAGUAAAUAUGAUUUAGGACUAUUCCGCUAUCUAAAUAUGCCAUGCUGUUGUGUGUUAUUUAACGGCCAUAUAAUUGCAGAAUUUAUUUUUAUAGCCACGUGAGGCUGCUGUGGUGGUCAUGUAACCUAAUGAAUCACACUUUUUCCAGUAUUUGGGAGCACGGACUGUAGGCCUUAUAUUAGGCAUUUGGACUGUUUUAUUAAUGAAUUCCACGCUGUAUGUAGGCUUGUUAUAGCCAUUUGUGUUGCACAACCCCAUCACGCAGAGGCUAUAUCCAUUUCAAUAAAUGAGACAAAACUAAAUAUUGAUUAAUUCUUAGUUAUAACUUGACCUGAGCCAAAUAGCCAAGGGGUCCCAAAUGUUCUAGACUAUCUAUAGCCUAUUCAUAUUGCCAGAUCUGUUUUCCCUAUCAGCCACUGCAUGUGCUUCUUCAACUAUUUUGUUUAACAUUUAUUUAGAGGCUAUAUUUAAAGGCCUGUGAGCUAGGGAGCUCUUUUUAAGGGGAGGCCUAUAAUAAAAACAGUUAUAAAACACAAAUAGAGUUCUAAAAUUAUUCCGCAAGUCACCAGUACCCAAAAUGAUAUCCUAAAUUGCAAUGCCUACAAGUUGAAGGCCAAUUUUUUUAUUUGGAUAUGCCUAAUUUUAACAUUGAAUUAUUAAAGUGAUAGGCUAAACAACUUUGGAGAAUUUAGAUAAUUUUGAAUACACAUGAAUUUUCGAUAAGACUGUUCUAUUCUCUUUGAUUUAGUUCCUAUUGCAACUCAGACAAAUGACUGAAUGGAUGACAUACUGACUGACUGAACUGACAUGAAGGAUGAAUUAAAUGUUCAAGUAUGUUGGAAUGACGAGUUGCACGCAUCAUGCAUGCUCUGCACUUUAUUUGGUUAGUAGGCAAAUAGGCCUACAUUAGGGUAUAAUGACUCUAUGGCUGCAUGCCUCCAGAAGGGCAUCUUCUGAGGCUGAGGGGUGCUUUUCCCAAGGCGCAUGGUGCUGCAUGGAGAUCACAAGCUCUUCAACUGGACAGCAGUGUCGCCGUGGAGGUAGUAGCCUAUACGGAGACUACCUAAGACCACUGCAAAAGAGUGGUCAUACAUAAUUCAUAGAUUCACCAAACAUCUAUUAUUAUUCUAUGUCUCAUUAUUCCUGGUAUAUACUACUGGUUGUGGUUGCAAACAGAGCCUAGAGAAUGGGAUGGUGCAAUAUUGAAUUAGGCAUAUUUUGAUAAGGUGCAUGCAUGGGGAUGUCCACGUCACCCAGAGAUAUGCCCAUGCUGUAGAGAUACACCUAGCGGACUGAAACUUCACUGUUGUAGGCAUAAUACAGCUAGUGCUAUCUAGACCUGCGCUGGCAAACAAAUCCAUUACGUUAGCUACCUAAAUGUGCAGUAAACUCAACAGGAGUAAUAGAGAAUGGAGACUUUUAACUUGAAAGCAUGCAGGAUACCUCUUUCCGGUCUUCCUGACUUCAAAUUGUUUUUAUACUGCGUUAUACUUGUUCGAGUAGUACUCCUCACAGACCGUUGGUGUACGUUUUUUUGUUGUUGGUGAGAUGUACAAUAAUACCUUUUAGAGUUUCAUCAGAAUUGCAACACAAGAUUUGUUCAAGCCUAAAAGGUUAGUCUGUAAUUGUAACAUGGUGUUUGUAUGUUCACAGAUGAAAUUUCACGUUUGCGUUCAUGUUUCACGCAUGGCUUUUCUUAUGAUCCUAACAAUUUACGUAUGGAUUUUCUUACCAUCCUAACGAUACGUACGUUCAACCUUUUGGCAGGAAUCUGGCUCCAUACAGUGGGGGGAAAAAGUAUUUAGUCAGCCACCAAUUGUGCAAGUUCUCCCACUUAAAAAGAUGAGAGAGGCCUGUAACUUUCAUCAUAGGUACACGUCAACUAUGACAGACAAAUUGCGAUUUUUUUUUCUCCAGAAAAUCAUAUUGUAGGAUUUUUAAUGAAUUUAUUUGCAAAUUAUGGUGGAAAAUAAGUAUUUGGUCACCUACAAACAAGCAAGAUUUCUGGCUCUCACAGACCUGUAACUUCUUCUUUAAGAGGCUCCUCUGUCCUCCACUCGUUACCUGUAUUAAUGGCACCUGUUUGAACUUGUUAUCAGUAUAAAAGACACCUGUCCACAACCUCAGUCACACUCCAAACUCCACUAUGGCCAAGACCAAAGAGCUGUCAAAGGACACCAGAAACAAAAUUGUAGACCUGCACCAGGCUGGGAAGGCUGAAUCUGCAAUAGGUAAGCAGCUUGGUUUGAAGAAAUCAACUGUGGGAGCAAUUAUUAGGAAAUGGAAGACAUACAAGACCACUGAUAAUCUCCCUUGAUCUGGGGCUCCACGCAAGAUCUCACCCCGUGGGGUCAAAAUGAUCACAAGAACGGUGAGCAAAAAUCCCAUAACCACACGGGGGGACCUAGUGAAUGACCUGCAGAGAGCUGGGACCAAAGUAACAAAGCCUACCAUCAGUAACACACUACGCCGCCAGGGACUCAAAUCCUGCAGUGCCAGACGUGUCCCCCUGCUUAAGCCAGUACAUGUCCAGGCCCGUCUGAAGUUUGCUAGAGUGCAUUUGGAUGAUCCAGAAGAGGAUUGGGAGAAGGUCAUAUGGUCAGAUAAAACCAAAAUAGAACUUUUUGGUAAAAACUCAACUCGUCGUGUUUGGAGGACAAAGAAUGCUGAGUUGCAUCCAAAGAACACCAUACCUACUGUGAAGCAUGGGGGUGGAAACAUCAUGCUUUGGGGCUGUUUUUCUGCAAAGGGACCAGGACGACUGAUCCGUGUAAAGGAAAGAAUAAUGGGGCCAUGUAUCGUGAGAUUUUGAGAGAAAACCUCCUUCCAUCAGCAAGGGCAUUGAAGAUGAAACGUGGCUGGGUCUUUCAGCAUGACAAUGAUCCCAAACACACCGCCCGGGCAACGAAGGAGUGGCUUCGUAAGAAGCAUUUCAAGGUCCUGGAGUGGCCUAGCCAGUCUCCAGAUCUCAACCCCAUAAAAAGUAUUUGGAGGGAGUUGAAAGUCUGUGUUGCCCAGCGACAGCCCCAAAACAUCACUGCUCUAGAGGAGAUCUGCAUGGAGGAAUGGGCCAAAAUACCAGCAACAGUGUGUGAAAACCUUGUGAAGACUUACAGAAAACGUUUGACCUGUGUCAUUGCCAACAAAGGGUAUACAACAAAGUAUUGAGAAACUUUUGUUAUUGACCAAAAUUGACUUAUUUUCCACCAUAAUUUGCAAAUAAAUUCAUUAAAAAUCCUACAAUGUUAUUUUCUGGAUUUUUUUUCUGAAGAGAUGAGUCUUCAGUAAACUUAAAGGUCGAGACCGAGUCUGCGUCUCUCAAAUGGAUAGGCAGACCAUUCCAUAAAAAUUGAACUCUAUAGGAGAAAGCACUGCCUCCAGCUGUUUGCUUAGAAAUUCUAGGGACGAUAAGGAGGCCUGCGUCUUGUGACCGUAGCGUACGUGUAGGUAUGUACGGCAGGACCAAAUCGUAGAAUUAGGUAGGAGCAAGCCCAUGUAAUGCUUUGUAGGUUAGCAGUAAAACCUUAAUCAGCCCUAGCCUUAACAGGAAGCCAGAGGCUAGCACUGGAGUAAUGUGAUCAAAUUGUUUGGUUCUAGUCAAGAUUCUAAGAGCCGUGUUUAGCACUAACUGAAGUUUAUUUAGUGCUUUAUUCGGGUAGCCGGAGAGUAGAGCAUUGCAGAAGAUCUCUUUGUUUCUUGGGACCUAGAACUAGCAUCUCUGUUUUGUCCGAGUUUAAAAGUAAAACAUUUGCUGCCAUCCACUUCCUUAUGUCUGAAACACAGGCUUCCAGGGUAGGCAAUUUUGGGGCUUCACCAUGUUUCAUCGAAAUGUACAGCUGCGUGUCGUCCACAUAGCAAUGAAAGUUAACAUUGUGUUUCCGAAUGACAUCACCAAGAGGUACAAUAUAUAGUGAAAACAAUAGUGGUCCUAAAACGGAACCUUGAGGAACACCUAAACUUACAAUUAAUUUGUCAGAGGACAAACCAUCCACAGCGACUAACUGAUAUUUUUCCGACAGAUAAGAUCUAAACCAGGCAAGAACUUGUCCGUGUAGACCAAUUAUUAAGGUUUCCAAUCUCUCCAAAAGAAUAUGGUGAUCGAUGGUGUCAAAAGCAGCACUAAGGUCUAGGAGCACGAGGACAGAGCCUUGGUCUGACGCUAUUAAAAGGUCAGUGCUAUGAUGGGGUCUAAAGCCAGACUGAAGCAUUUCGUAUACAUUAUUUGUCUUCAGAAAGGCAGUGAGUUGCUGCACAACAGCUUUUUCUUAAAAAAUUGAAGAAUGGGAGAUUCGAUAUAGGCUGAUUUUGAGUCAAGGUUUGGCUUUUUUAAGAGAGGCUUUAUUACUGCUACUUUUAGUGAGUUUGGUACACAUCCAGUGGAUAGGGAGUCAUUUAUUAUGUUUAACAUAGGAGGGCCAAGCACAGGAAGUAGCUCUUUCAGUAGUUUAGUUGGAAUAGGGUCCAGUAUGCAGCUUGGAGGUUUAGAGGCCAUGAAUGUGUCAAGAGAUAUAGGAUUAAAAGACUUGAGUGUCUCCAUUGAUCCUAGGUCCUGGCAGUUUUGUGCAGACUCAGGACAGCUGCGCUUUGGAGAAAUACGCAGAUUCAAAAGGAGUCCAUAAUUUGCUUUCUCAUGAUCUUUUCGUCAAAGAAGUUCAUGAAUUCAUCACUGCUGAAGUGAAAGGCAUCCUCUUUUGGGGAAUGCUGCUUUUUAGUUAGCUUUGCGACAGUAUCAAAUAGAAAUGUUGGAUUGUUCUUAUUCUCCUCAAUUAGAUUGGAAAAAUAGGAUGAUCGAGCAGCAGUGAGGGCUCUUUGAUAUUGCACUGUACUUUCUUUCCAAGCUAGUAGGAAGACUUCCAGUUUGGUGGAGCGCCAUUUCCGUUCCAAUUUUCUGGAAGCAUGCUUCAGGGCUCGGGUAUUUUCUGUAUACCAGGGAGCUAAUUUCUUGUGAGAAAUGUUUUUAGGGGUGCGACUGCAUCUAGGGUAUUACGCAAGGUUAAAUUUAGAUCCUCAGUUAGGUCGUUAACUGAUUUUUGUACUCUGACGUCCUUGAGUAGGUGGAGGGAGUCUGGAAGGGCCUCUAGGAAUCUUUGGGUUGUCUGAGAAUUUAUAGCAUGGCUUUUGAUGGUCCUUGGUUGGGGUCUGAGCAGAUUAUUUGUUGCGAUUGCAAACGUAAUAAGAUGGUGGUCCGAUUAGUCCAGGGUUAUGAGGAAAAACAUUUAGAUCCACAAUAUUUAUUCCACGGGACAAAACUAGAUCCAAGGUAUGACUGUGGUAAUGAGUAGGUCCGGAGACAUGUUGGACAAAACCCACUGAGUCGAUGAUGGCUCCAAAAGUCUUUUGGAGUGGGUCUGUGGACCUUUCCAUGUGAAUAUUAAUGUCACCAAAAAUGAGAAUAUUAUGUGCCAUGACUACAAGGUCCGAUAGGAAUUCAGGUAACUCCGUGAGGAACUCUGUAUACGGCCCAGGAGGCCUGUAAACAGUAGCUAUAAAAAGUGAUUGAGUAGGCUGCAUAGAUUUCAUGACUAGUUGCUCAAAAGACAAAAACGCAGUCAUUUUCAAAUCAAAUCAAAUCAAAUCAAAUUUUAUUGGUCACAUGCGCCGAAUACAACAGGUGCAGACAUUACAGUGAAAUGCUUACUUACAGCCCUUAACCAACAGUGCAUUUAUUUUAAACAAAAAAGUAAGAAUAAAACAACAACAAAAAAGUGUUGAGAAAAAAAGAGCAGAAGUGAAAUAAAGUGACAGUAGGGAGGCUAUAUAUACAGUAAAAUAAAGUGACAGUAGGGAGGCUAUAUAUACAGGGGGGUACCGUUGCAUAGUCAAUGUGCGGGGGCACCGGCUAGUUGAGGUAGUUGAGGUAAUAUGUACAUGUGGGUAGAGUUAAAGUGACUAUGCAUAAAUACUUAACAGAGUAGCAGCAGCGUAAAAAGGAUGGGGUGGGGGGGCAGUGCAAAUAGUCCGGGUAGCCAUGAUUAGCUGUUCAGGAGUCUUAUGGCUUGGGGGUAGAAGCUGUUGAGAAGUCUUUUGGACCUAGACUUGGCACUCCGGUACCGCUUGCCGUGCGGUAGCAGAGAGAACAGUCUAUGACUAGGGUGGCUGGAGUCUUUGACAAUUUUGAGGGCCUUCCUCUGACACCGCCUGGUAUAGAGGUCUUGGAUGGCAGGGAGCUUUGCCCCAGUGAUGUACUGGGCCGUACGCACUACCCUCUGUAGUGCCUUGCGGUCAGAGGCCAAGCAGUUGCCAUACCAGGCGGUGAUGCAACCAGUCAGGAUGCUCUCGAUGGUGCAGCUGUAGAAUUUUUUGAGGAUCUGAGGACCCAUGCCAAAUCUUUUUAGUCUCCUGAGGGGGAAUAGGCUUUGUCGUGCCCUCUUCACGACUGUCUUGGUGUGUUUGGACCAUGAUAGUUCGUUGGUGAUGUGGACACCAAGGAACUUGAAGCUCUCAACCUGUUCCACUACAGCCCCGUCGAUGAAAAUGGGGGCGUGCUCAGUCCUCUUUUUUUUCCUGUAGUCCACAAUCAUCUCCUUUGUCUUGGUCACGUUGAGGGAGAGGUUGUUGUCCUGGCACCACACGGCCAGAUCUCUGACCUCCUCCCUAUAGGCUGUCUCAUCGUUGUCGGUGAUCAGGCCUACCACUGUUGUGUCGUCGGCAAACUUAAUGAUGGUGUUGGAGUCGUGCCUGGCCAUGCAGUCAUGGGUGAACAGAGAGUACAGGAGGGGACUGAGCACGCACCCCUGAGGGGCCCCCGUGUUGAGGAUCAGUGUGGCAGAUGUGUUGUUACCUACCCUUACCACCUGGGGCCGGCCCGUCAGGAAGUCCAGGAUCCAGUUGCAGAGGGAGGUGUUUAGUCCCAGGAUCCUUAGCUUAGUGAUGAGCUUAGAGGGCACUAUGGUGUUGAAUGCUGAGCUGUAGUCAAUGAAUAGCAUUCUCACGUAGGUGUUCCUCUUGUCCAGGUGGGAAAGGGCAGUGUGGAGUGCGAUAGAGAUUGCAUCAUCUGUGGAUCUGUUGGGGCGGUAUGCAAAUUGGAGUGGGUCUAGGGUUUCUGGGAUUAUGCUGUUGAUGUGAGCCAUGACCAGUCUUUCAAAGCACUUCAUGGCUACAGACGUCAGUGCUACGGGUCGGUAGUCAUUUAGGCAGGUUAUCUUAGAGUUCUUGGGCACGGGGACUAUGGUGGUCUGCUUGAAACAUGUUGGUAUUACAGACUCAGUCAGGGACAUGUUGAAAAUGUCAGUGAAGACACUUGCCAGUUGGUCAGCACAUGCUCGGAGUACACGUCCUGGUAAUCCGUCUGGCCCUGCGGCCUUGUGAAUGUUGACCUGCUUAAAAGUCUUACUCACAUCGGCUACGGAGAGCGUGAUCACAUAGUCGUCCGGAACAGCUGGUGCUCUCAUGCAUGCUUCAGUGUUGCUUGCCUCGAAGCGAGCAUAGAAGUGGUUUAGCUCGUCUGGUAGGCUUGUGUCACUGGGCAGCUCGCGGCUGUGCUUCCCUUUGUAGUCUGUAAUAGUUUUCAAGCCCUGCCACAUCCGACGAGCGUCAGAGCCAGUGUAGUAUGAUUCAAUCUUAGACCUGUAUUGACUCUUUGCCUGUUUGAUGGUUCGUCGGAGGUCAUAGCGGGAUUUCUUAUAAGCGUCCGGGUUAGAGUCCCGUUCCUUGAAAGCGGCAGCUCUACCCUUUAGCUCAGUGCGGAUGUUUCCUGUAAUCCAUGGCUUCUGGUUGGGGUAUGUACGUACGGUCACUGUGGGGACGACAUCAUCGAUGCACUUAUUGAUGAAGCCAGUGACUGAUGUGGUGUACUCCUCAAUGCUGUCUGAAGAAUCCAUGUUCCAGUCUGUGCUAGCAAAACAGUCCUGUAGCUUAGCAUCUGCGUCAUCUGACCACUUUUUUAUUAGCCGAAUAUUUGGGGGGUAAAUUGACAUUUGCUAUCGUAAAUGUUAGCAACACCUCCGCCUUUGCGGGAUGCGCGGGGGAUAUGGUCACUAGUGUAACCAGGAGGAGAGGCUUCAUUUAACACAGUACAUACAUCAGGCUGAAGCCAUGUUUCAGUCAGGCCAAUCACAUCAAGAUUAUUAUGAUCAGUGAUUAGUUCAUUGACCAUAACUGCCUUGGAAGUGAGGGAUCUAACAUUAAGUAGCCCUAUUUUGAGAUGUGAGCUAUCACAAUCUCUUUCAAUAUUGACAGGAUUGGAGGAGGUCUUUAUUCCAGUGAGAUUGCUAAGGCAAACACCGCCAUGUUUAGUUUUGCUCAACCUAGAUCGAGGCACAGACACGGUCUCAAUGGGGAUAGCUGAGCUGACUACACUGACUCCACUAAGCUAGCAGGCUGGCUAACAGCCUGCUGCCUGGCCUGCACCCUAUCCCAUUGUGGAGCUAGAGGAGUUAGAGCCCUGUCUAUGUUGGUAGAUAAGAUGAGAGCACCCCUCCAGCUAGGAUGGAGUCCGUCACUCCUCAGCAGGCCAGGCUUGGUCCUGUUUGUGGGUGAGUCCCAGAAAGAGGGCCAAUUAUCUACAAAUCCUAUAUUUUGGGAGGGGCAGAAAACAGUUUUCAACCAGCGAUUGAGUUGUGAGACUGCUGUAGAGCUCAUCACUCGCCCUAACAGGGAGGGGGCAAGAGACAAUUACUCGAUGCCGACACAUCUUUCUAGCUAAUUUACACGCUGAAGCUAUGUUGCUCUUGGUGACCUCUGACUGUUUCAUCCUAACGUCUUUGGUGCCGACUUGGAUAACAAUAUCCCUGGGCAGAGUGGGUGGACACCCUAUGAUUAGUUAGAACUCUGAGCAGAGGGGCUUUCUUUCAAUGCAUCUCAAAUGGCACCCUAUUCCCUAUGUAGCUCAAUAGGCUCUGGUCAAAAGUAGAGCACAAUAUGGGGAAUAGGGUACAAUUUGGGAUCCCAACAUUUCUCUUUGCGGCUGGUGAAAUACUGAAGUUGAGGUUUCAACAAGUUCAUUGUCUGCCUUGUCACCACACACACAACCACUCACACACACACUCACUUUCUCUCGCCCACGAGCACACACACAGAGGAGAUUUUUUCUAUGGCCUGUUGAGAACAAAAAGAAAUUGGAAAACACUUAAUGGCAGAGCAAUUUAACAUGAAAAGAUCUGCGUUUCAAAUGGCACCCUCAUUCCCUUUAUAGUCGACUUCUUCUGACCAGGGCCCAUAGGACUCUGGUCAAAAGUAGUGCACUAUAGGGAAUAGGGUGCUGUUUGGGACUGACAUUGCUUUGUUGUGAUGUAUGUAAUGAAUAAAACCAUUUUGUGAGGAAAUUGUGCUUAAUUGUGCUGUGCAUUGAAAUGAUCAGAUGUUAAUAGAACAGUAAGUCAAUUAAAUCUACUGUUUCCCCUCUUCAGGAUAAAACAUGAGAACAUUGUGGCUUUGGAUGACAUCUAUGAGAGCCCCAACCACCUAUACCUCAUCAUGCAGUUGUGAGUACAGUACCUCAACCACCAUUUUGUCUGUCUGGCUGUGUCUUGUAUGUGUCUGUCUGUCUUUCUGAUAAUGUAGAAACGGUGUUCAUAUUUCUACAAGAGGUGUCAGUACUCGCGCAGUAGAAAAUAAUAUGUGCCGGUACUCUGUAUCAGUGUGUACACUGGUCCAAAUCAAUCACUGUGAUAAUGUAUCAUGUUUUGCUGCAGUAAGCAUUCAAGUGCUAUCGAGGUGCAUUUGGCCUUGGCUAUUAGAAAGCAACCUGUAUGGAUAUUAGCAUUCCCCAAGAGUUGCUUCUAUGUUUCCUUUAUGCGUCAUUGUUGUUUUAACACUGUAGCAAACACAGUCUGGCGAAAGACUAAUAAAAAGUUUCCCAGACAAAGAUUUUGCCUCGCCCUUGACUAAAAAGCAUGAUCAAUGGAGAAUCUCUAUUGAUAUAGCCUUUUAAUUCAGGACUAGGAUGAAGUGUCUGAAACCUUUGAAGGAAAAGAUAAAGCUGCACACUCUAGCUCCGAUGCAAUCAUUUAUUCACCAACAUUUCGACAGCAAGCUUCAUUAGGGUUACAUGUGUUUUAAGUAUCUGGGAAACCAGCUCUAAGUGAGGGGUAGGUUAAUUCAGUCCUCAGAUUAUCUGGAGGAAAGCUGUUUGACUGCAUCAUAAAGGGUUAGGGUUGUGGUUGAGGCUAGGGUUGAACCAGGACAUGGACAUGAAGCCAGGGGUAUAGUUGGGUUGUGGUUGAGGCUAGGGUUGAACCAUGAUCUGGACAUGAAGCUAGCGUUAGGGUUGUGGUUGAGGCUAGGGUUGAACCAGGAUCUGGACAUGAAGCCAGGGUUGGGGUAAGGGUUAGGGUUGAAGUUGAACCAAGAUCUAGACCUGAAGCUAGGGUUACGGUUGGGUUAGAUUGACUAAACCUCUGUCUCUGUCUCAGGGUGUCUGGUGGUGAGUUGUUUGAUCGCAUCGUAGAGAAGGGUUUCUACACAGAGAUGGACGCCAGCAGGCUCAUUAAACAGGUGCUUGACGCUGUCAACUACCUCCACGCUAUGGGCAUCGUACACAGAGACCUCAAGGUACUGAGUGAGACACACACACACAGCUCAAUGAUCUUAUUUCCCAAUAUUGAUUGUUUUAUUUUCUCAGCCAGAGAACCUGCUUUACUACAACCCCCAUGAUGAGGCGAAGAUCAUGAUCAGUGACUUUGGUCUGUCUAAGAUGGAGGGGACAGGAGACGUGAUGGCCACUGCCUGUGGGACGCCAGGAUAUGUGGGUGAGGCUGUUCUCUCUAGUAGUAGUAUUUUAUUAGGAUCCCUAUUAGCUACUGCUAAAGCAGUAGCUACUCUUCCUGGGGUCCUCACAAAACAUAAACAUGACAUAAUACAUAACAUGAAUAGACAAGUACAUCACAAAGACAAAACUACAUAAAUGCAAAAAAAGUAUACACGCUUUCAUACAUUUCUGCCUUCAUAGAUUCAUAGAUGCUACUGAAUGCAAGUGCAAUACACAAAAAAGGAAAUGGAAAUGCAAUAACAAGGAGGUGCGUUGCAAAUAGGAUGACACGUCACUAAAUUCCCCUGACGUGAAUAUAGCAACCUUGUUUCUAUAGUUACCGCCCGUAAUGGGUAUCCUGGAGUAAAGUAUAGACUUUUUACGGUUACCACACACAAUGGGUUUCCUGUGGUAAGAUGUAAUCUCUUAAACUUGUAGACCUUUUUUUAUAGUUACCACCCGCUAUGGGUUUCAUUAGGUAAAAUGCAACAUUCAUGAACAUGAAAUAACCAGGCCUUGAAUCUUAAGCCUUGAUACAGUUUAUCGACCUUAACGGGUUAGUUGAGAUAUAAUUCAACGUGUUACAGUACAACCUGCUAUGGGUUUCAUUAGGUAAAAUGGAAGGAAGACCAGCCAUGAUGACAUAAGGAAGUCUGCAGUAGAGACCCAACCUUGACAUAACCUAAACGUAUCUCUACCUCUGGGUUAACCUAAACAUAAUUCACCUUCUGACCGGGGGAAACCUCACCCAAACAAAAUGAUUAGGAGUUUAGUAGAUACAGUGGUGAAGUAGUGGGUGGUUGCUGAAAAGCCCUCCAUAAGAACAUAUGGCAACAGAGCUUCGGCUCUCCCUUACUUCUAUUAUGUCCUUGUCUACUUGGGGGUUAAUGUGGAAGAAUCCUUAUGUCCUAUCCACACCAGUAUGUUUGGAACGUACUUUGAUAGUGUCAGUUCAAGCUCAACACAGGGAUUGUUAUGCAAGGCCUCAAUGUUCUAAAUCUCCCUCUGAACCUUAUGUUGUUCCCCACAGCCCCAGAGGUUCUGGCUCAGAAGCCCUACAGCAAAGCAGUGGACUGCUGGUCUAUCGGAGUCAUCGCUUACAUUCUGUAAGUACCUCAUAACAUAGUACCUCAGUGGGGCUGGAAACAACCGGAUGCAUCCGGUUUUCAGGGGACAUGCAAAGAGAGAGCCCGUGACACGACUUCCCCUUUUGACGUUAAAAAGGCGACACUCCAUCUUAAAUCCUCCUCCACAUUUACUGGAUUGGUUGAACAGUGCAGAAGAGAACCUCCCCGACAGUUUAUUUUUUCUCUCGUCAGGACCAGACAGAAAGAAACGCUGCUCAGUCAUUUAUUUUACGCCUGCUAUGUUAGGUUAGUAACCGACCAUAACAUAUGGUUGUUUGAUGUAAUAUCAGAGUGAAUAGUUGAGCUCCUGAUUAUAGAUAUUGUGCAUUGAUUUUAUGGUUAUUGAGGGUGGAUGGUAGUUUGGCUAUCCAUAUGUAACAGGUCACACUUUAAGCAAAGUAUAUAACUUAUAACAUUCACUCAAAUGAUUUGGGAAUCAUUUGUAUAACCUUUAUAAAAGUGUGACCAUGUAACACAUUAUCUUUGGUGCUGUACAGAUCUGUUGUAUUAUAUUCUUCUAAAAGCAGCCCUGACAAAUGCAUCUACAUUAAGCUUCCAAAUCAAUUAACUGUAGUCAAACUGCUCGAUAGUGACCCAAUACUCGUUAGAUGUGAAUGCUGUUAAGGUAAUCAGGUGGAAUAGUUUCAAAAAUAAGAAAGUUGUUGCAGUGCAUUGUGGUUAAUGAGAGAACGUGUAGACACUAAUGUGAUACAAAAUCCCAAUGAUGUUGAUACUAGAUUCAAUUGGCCUACUCAUUUAGAAAUAGCUGUCAUUUUGACAUAUUUGUCAGAAUUAAACAUCCAGUAACAUUAUCAUGACAAACCAUAAUGUUUACUGUAUCAUUUCUCUAACUAGCAACUUUGCAUUAUUACUUUGCAUAACGGGGAUAAUCUAAACUCUUUGCCAAAGGGAAUAAAAAUGGCCAGAAAUCCAAAUGACACUCACACAGAGCAUAUACAGUGUCUUCAGAAACUAUUCACACCCCUUGACUUGUUCCACAUUUUGUUGUGUUGCAGCCUGAAUUUAAAGUUGAUUACAUUCAUAUUUUGUGUCAAUGGCCUAGACACAAUACCCCAUAAUGUCAAAGUGAAAUUUAGAUAUUUUUACAAAUUAAUGAAAAGCUGAAAUGUCUUGAGUCAAUAAGUAUUCAACCCCUUUGUUAUGCAAGCCUAAAUACGUUCAGGAGUAAAAAUGUGUUUAAAAAGUCACAUAAGUUGCAUGGACUCUGUGUGCAGAAAUAGUGUUUAACGUGAUUUUUGAAUGACUACCGUAUCUCUGUACCACACACAUACAAUUAUCUGUAAGGUCCCUCAGUCGAGCAGUGAAUUUCAGACACAAAGACCAGAGAGGUUUUCCAAUACCUCACAAAGAAGGGCACCUAUUGGUAGGUGGGUAAAAAAAAAGCAGACAUUGAAUAUCCCUUUGAAUAUGGUGAAGUUAUUAAUUACACUUUGGAUGGUGUAUCAAUACACCCAGUCACUACAAACGAUACAUGCGUCCUUCCUAACUCAGUUGCCGGAGAGGAAGGAAACCGCUCAGGGAUUUCACCAUGAGGCUAAUGGUGACUUUAAAACAGUUACAGAGUUUAAUGGCUGAGGAUGGAGCAACAACAUUGUAGUUACACCACAAUACUAACUUAAUUGACAGUGAAAAGAAGGAAGCCUGUACAGAAUAACAAAUAUUCCAAAACAUGCAUCCUGUUUGUUAUAAAGCAUUAAAGUAAAACUGCAGCAAAGAAAUGAACUUUAUGUCCUGAAUACAAAGCGUUAUGUUUUGGCAAAUCCAACACGUCACUGAGUACCACUCUUCAUAUUUUCAAGCAUGGUGGUGGCUGCAUCAUGCUAUGGGUAUGCUUGUCAUCGGCAAGGACUAGGGAGUUUUUUAGGAGAAAAAGAAAAAUGGAAUAGAUAUAAGCACAGGCAAAAUUCUAGAAAACCUGGUUGUCUGCUUUCCAAUAGACACUGGGAGACAAAUUCACCUUUCAGCAGGACAAUAACCUAAAACACAAAGCCAAAUAUACACUGGAGUUGCUUAUCAAGACGACAUUGAGUGUUCUUGAGUGGCUUAGUUACAGUUUUGACCUAAAUUGGCUUGAAAAUGGCUGUCUAGCAAUGAUCAACAACGAACUUGACAGAGCUUAAAGAAUUGUUUUAAGAAUUAUGUGAAAAUAUUGUACAGUCUCUUAGAGACUUACCCAGAAAGACUCACAGCUGUAAUCACUGCCGAAGGUGACUCUAACAUGUAUUGGCUACAAGGUGUGAACAGUUAUGUAAAUGAGAAGGAAACAAAUAUUUAAUCCAUUUUGAAUUCAGGCUGUAACACAACACAAUGUGGAAUAAGUCCAGGGUAUGAAUACUUUCUGAAGGCACUGUAUAUUGAUAUGUUAUCAUCUGUCCCCUAGGUUGUGUGGUUACCCUCCAUUCUAUGACGAGAAUGACUCUAAGUUGUUUGAGCAGAUACUCAAGGCAGACUAUGAGUUUGAUGCACCCUAUUGGGAUGAUAUAUCGGAUUCAGGUGAGUUGUGUGUGUUUGCAUCUGUACGCAUGUGUGCAUGUGUGUGUACACAUUUUACAUUUUAGUCAUUUAGCAGACACUCUUACCCAGAGCUACUUAAACUAGUGAGUGCAUACAUUUUCAUACUUUUCCGUACUUGUCCCCUGUGGGAAUUGAACCCACCACAUUGGCGUUGCAAGUGCCAUGUGGGAUCCAGUACCAUAAGUCCUUACAAGAAAAGUAAACCAACUAAAAUUCAGAGAAGUGAGGACAGUUUGCCGGUCCUCACUUGUAAAAUGGCGAUUUUAGGGUUAGGUUAAGGGGUUAGGGAAAAUAAGAUUUUGAAUGAGAAUCAAUUGUUGGUCCCCAAAAACUCCUCAGAAGUAUAGUAAGAUAUAGCUGGGCUUGUAUGUGUAUGUGUGUGCACAUAUACAAUUGUUUGUGUGUAAUGCUAUCUUGAAUUAAUGGUACAUGGUAUACAGCCCCAUGAGUGAGAUUGUGUGUAUCUUCCUCUGUUCCACAUACAGCCAAAGAGUUCAUCAGCUCUCUGAUGGAGAAGGAUCCAGAGAAGAGAUUCACCUGUGACCAGGCUCUAGCCCACCCCUGGUGAGUGUCUGAUUACCACCAUACUUACUGAGCACCGUCAUACAGCUGCUGAUCCCAAUUCACUCCAUACCCCUUUCUCUUGGCCCUAACCCUUUGAUGUUUGCAGAUCUGAAGGGUCUGGGUAGGUAGAGUCCGUGUAGUGAUAAAGCCUCCUCAUAUCUCUUCCAUAUUACAGAUCUGUAAACAUCAAAGUGUUAGGAACAAUGGGAAGGGGUGGUAAGUGAAUUGGGACCGCACAAUCAAAGGGAACAUUGCACCGUGGUGAAAGCUGACGUAGAUAGAGGAUGUCUGGGUGACGCAGGUGUUACUUAGAGCAGUGCCAUGCGUGUCCUCCCACUGUCAUCUGUCACCAUGACUCCCUCCCCGCCUCCUAAACUCUCUGCUCUGCUGGUCUGAGACUGGGAGAGAGAGACUGGGAGAGAGAGACUGGGAGAGAGAGACUGGGAGAGAGAGACAGAGACACACAUAGAGAGACAGAGACACACACACACACAGAGAGAGACAGACACACACACACACAGAGAGAGACAGACACACACACACACACAGAGAGAGAGAGAGACACACACACACACAGAGAGAGAGAGAGACACAGAGAGAGAGAGACACAGAGAGACACACACACACACACACACACACAGAGAGAGACACACACACACAGAGAGAGACACACACACACACACACAGAGAGAAACAGACACACACAGAGAGAGACAGACACACACAGAGACAGACACACACACACACACACACAGAAAGAGACACACAGACACACACACACACACACACACACACACACACACACACACAGAAAGAGACACACACAGACAAACACAGAGAGAGACACACAAACACACAGAGACACACACACAAACACACAGAGAGACACACACACACAGAGAGAGAGAGAGACACACACACACACACACACACACACACACACACACAGAGAGACACACACACACAGAGAGAGAGACACAUACACAGAGACACGCACACAAGUGAAUUGGAACCACGCAAUCAAAGGGAUCAAUGCACCAUGGUGAAGCUGACGCAAAUAGAGGAUAUCUGGGUGACGCAGGUGUUACUUAGAGCAGACAAACACAGACACACACAGAGGGAGACACACACACACACAGAGAGAGAGAGACACACACACACAGAGAGAGACACACACACACAUACACACAGAGAGAGACACACACACCCACAGAGAGAGACACACACAGAGAGAGAGAGACACACAAACACACAGAGAGAGAGACACACACAGAGACACGCACACAAGUGAAUUGGAACCACACUAUCAAAGAGACACACACACACAGAGAGGGACACAGAGACACACACAGAGACAGAGACCGGGUGAGAUGGAUGGAGAUAGAGAGAGGCAGAGGGAGAGAGAGUGGAAUUAGAGGAGGGAGAGAAAUCUUCUCAAUAAAUGGCUGCCAAUUAGAAGGCUGCAUCCUGAAGGAUGCUUGGAGAAUGCUGAGGCAGUGGGUGUCCCAAAUGGCACCCUAUUCCCUAUAAAAUCCACUACUUUUGACCAGAACCAUAUGGGCCCUGGUCAGAAUGUUUACACUAUAUAGGGAAUGGGGAGCCAUUUGGGAAGCAGAGGCGCUAAUGAACAAUUAGCAUGUCUCUCCCAGGCCUGGGCCAGACCUAACAUUAGUCUGUGAUCUGGGAAUCUGUUCAGUGGACAUCAAAGCCUUGUUCCAACUGCAGGCCUUUAUGCUUUAUGCAGUUUUUCAAAUCCGUUUUGGAAUACUGACUGUCCAAACAGCAAGUUACAAGUGACCAAAAUCAGAUUUGUGUGUGUUCAGACAGCAGUCAUUUGCUGACAUGGCUAGGCUAGUUGUCAUAGUAAUGACGGGUGUGUGAGCAGUGGUGUAGGCUGAUUGGUGGUGCUUGUGCUUCCUAUCACUCAGAGUUCAUGUAGCAAGCUAAGGUGACAACAAUGCCUGCCAUGGAUGUUUCCCAGUUGCUUUGAAUGUUCAAAAUCAUAGUGUAAGAACACUUUGUAAGCCUCAAAGGAUAAGAUGGUCCAACUUUCAAAACGAGUCCUUUUGGCUAGCCACAGCAGUCAACUAGCUCAUAACUAGCUAGCUAGGUAGCUGUUUAGCUUUCUAGCACAUUCACUCAUUUGUUUGUAAACAAUUAACAAGCUAGUUAGCUACCACAUGUUUUUGUCAAACUGUCAACACAGUAGCUAGUAAGCAACAAGAUAUGCCAAAUAACAGUCUAUAAACUUGAGGGCAAAUACAUCAGAUUUGACCAUUCAGACAAGUCUCAUGACCAGGAAUCAGAUUUGUAUCUGGUUUAAAACCACUUACGGAAUGUCGCUUGAAAUAUCCGAUUCCAUGUGCUUUUUGGCUGUUCAGACUGCAGGAAAAUAACAGAUUUGAAUCGGAUAUGCAAAAAAAUUGAUUUGAGUCACUUCAAACUGCGAUGUGAACAGUACUCAAGUGGUGGGGCUGCCAUUUAGCUACAAAAGAAAUCCCAGAUUGUAGCUUUAAUGAAAGAGACAAUAUGUGGGUGAUUGGCUUGGCUUUGGAGUAGAAUAUGAACAGGACUGUUAGGCAUCUAGUAAUGGGCGUAUUGCAUCUUACUUAUUGCCUCUUGUUUGGACAUCUUAGGCCAAUUGCAACCAUCGAAAGCCACCAGGUUAUUACCAGCUGAUGUCUCAUUAAACCAUCAAUACGUGCUAAAAUCACGCACACAGCUGAUCUCAACUGCAACCAACAUUGGCCAGCGAUUUACGACUCCCGAAUGGGGAUGUCGAGAUUGUCUUUUAGUCUUGAUUACAUUUAAGACAAUUUUGCCCUCUGGUUGGUAUUAUCAUUGGAACAACUUAGUCCUACUUUAUGAGCAGACUAAGGGUGAUUUAUAUAUUUGACAAUCAUUUCGUACAACUGAAAUAAAGCAUUUCCUCAUUUACCACAGCAAAUCUACUGUGGCAGAUUACCCGACACGGAAAACUAAUGUUGACGGUGUAGCCUACUCAUUAUUUUAUUUGUUUCAAAUUUAUAUAGUCCAUUAAAUACAACAGUCUUUAAAAGAAAAUUGUCUAAUAUGGUAAUUUCUUAUCAAGAUUGGGGGUAAAAUAUCCCUGGAUAGUCCUUAUUUGAAAUGUGUAACUAAAUCGUGAUUGAGUUUUAUCAAAGGAAAAUGUAGUCUAAAGUUAUUUCGAAUGGCAUAUAUUAUAAUGUUUUGCCAUUUAAGGUGAAACGUUUGAUUGAAAUAUAGGCCUACUACUUCUGUAUUCUUAUACUCAAAUAAGUAUUUUAACAUUAAUCAGCCUUACUGUUUCUGAUGCUCCUGGUAGGUCGAUAUUUCAAAUAGAGAAUCUAGACCAGCUGUCUGGUAUCAUAAUCACUUGAUACGGUAACAAUGAGAGAUCAACUGAUCUGCUGGUUUAUCCUUGUGGGUUUUUCGUUGCAAUCAAGCUUAGUUUAGCCCGCAGGUGCAUGUAAUCUCAUGUUACUAGCGUUUUAAGAAAUCUAGCGGUAACCUGCAGGAGCAGGUUAAAUUAUGCCUGUCCGUUGCAAUCUAGCCAUUCUGUCUUGGGCCUAUUGUGGCUUGAUAGAGUUUAUACAGACUCACAAUGGGUGGUUGUAACAGGUGGGUAUUAUAUAACGUGAGACAGGUCAGUACACAUCCAACACCUUGGAGCUGGUGAUAGAUACCCAGGCCAGGAAUUUUAACCAUGUAAAAAGAAAAACAUCUGCACACUACAUGUUCUUUAUCAAUACUUUUUAACCAAUAAACAGACUUUGUAUUUCAGGAUUGCUGGGGACACAGCUCUCUGCAAGAACAUCCAUGAAUCAGUCAGUCGGCAGAUGAGGAAAAAUUUUGCCAAAAGCAAAUGGAGGGUGGGUAUCCAAUUUACUCUUCUCUCUUUUUCCUUUUUUUAUUAUUAUUUUUUUGUCCUGCCACCCCCUGUGGCCCAUCCCACAUGAUAUUUGAUUAUAAAAACACAUUAAUAUUAAACACCCAAGCAUGCAAAAAGUACUAAUUUACCAAGUACACAUUUUAAAUUGUGUCCAACAUAAACAUCGUCGCUAGUUCUAAUCCCCGGGCCGACUAGGUGAAAAAUCUGUCGAUGUGCCCUUGAGCAAGGCACUUAACCCUAAUUGCUCCUGUAAGUCGCUCUGGAUAAGAGCGUCUGCUAAAUUACUAAAAUGUAAAUGUAAAUGUACUGUAAUUUAUUUGUCCUAUCUGUAUCCUGUCUAUUUUGCAUGCCUGCUCUCCUCUCGCUAUCUCUCCUUACCUGCCUCCUCUCCCUCCUUUUCUCUCUCUGUUUCCUCCACAGCAAGCGUUUAACGCCACGGCAGUGAUUCGUCAUAUGAGGCGCUUGCAGCUGGGCAGUAGUCUGAACAGUAGCUUUGGCAGCAGUAUGGACCAACAGGGACCCGAACUCUAUGCUGGCCAAGAGCAUGUCUGUAGACUGUGCCACCCUCUCACGCAAAGACGGUGACUGAAUGACGCCUUUACGUUACUUUACCGAUUUACUAUUUAGUCUAGUAUUUUGGAUUUAUCAAGCCUAUCUAACUUUUUCAUCUAUUGGUUCCAUUGACUUAUGUUGUAGUGCAAUUCCAUAUUCAGGAAGGAUUAUUUACUCCAAUUCUGUUGCAGUAAUUGUUUUCUAUUAACUGUAGACUUCAGUGAUUCUAGUGCUUUAGUCUUGAUGUUGCUCUUCUCCCCUCAGGUCCUCCACGACCUCUGCCUACUCUGCCUCCUCUGCCUCCCUCCCCUGCAGCCUGCAGCGCCCCUGCCAGCUUCGGAGUGGAACCACAGGCAGAACCACAGGUUGUGGCUCCAGCUGCAGCGGUGGAACCACCCCGGCCACGCCCCUCCACAGUCACCACCAUCCACAUGGGGACUAAAUGACGUCUGGUUCCGCGGGAGGUCAGCUGGGAGACCACAGAGCUUUGAGUUGGGAUUCCAAUUCAGCCCCUCAGAAUUCCAGAAUUUCUCUCCUAGUCUGCCCAUCCCGCCCAUUAUCAGCUGUUAGGAUUGAGAACUUGAGGACCCCUUCUAUUUAACAUGGCUCAGCACUUACUGCAUUCUCAGGGCAGCACUCUGUCUGUACCCAACCACAGGAAGUGUUUUCAGAGAUGUGAAAUAGAAUUGUGAGAGCUGACAGGAUUUCCUAUUCUAUCUAACAGACAAUCAUAUCUGUUCUACACGAUACAUUCCUAUUUGAACAUUCUGCUUCCUAACAGGC